AUUAUCAUUACGGGAACGGAUCCUCUCCCGGGGACGGGUUAGACGGUUAUGCCGUUGACGGAAUCUGAGCGUUAGAGCAGAGUCAGGAUUGACUCAAUGUACUCCGGGUGCUUCGAGUUCGGGGAGCAGCGGCCAACUCUUCCCCCCCGUCGGAAUGGUCCCGGCCGGCGGGAGGUUUGAAAAGGCGACGGGGCGGGAGAGGCGCCGGGAGUGGAGGGAGAGGACCCGCGGAGAUGGACGGCGUUUUCCGUCGGCACAGAGAGGCUGAGGAAGAGGUCCGGGCCCUGGAGGCCGAGAUCGCAGCGUUGAGACGAGUGUGUGCAGAGGAGCCGCCGCCAGAGGAGGAGAGGCCGAAAGCCAUAAAUCUAUUUCAAGAAAUACCAAACGCCCAGCCCGAAGAAUGGGAGUCUGUCGUAGAUCUAAAAACUCAGCUGAAGCAAUGUGAAUCAGACCUUUCCUUUUUAAAGAAACUUACUGGCAUUGAUCUAAUAAAUUACUCCCAAGUGACAAUAAAGUCUGAAGGGAAAAUUAUACCGAGGAUCAGAUUCAAAGGAAAUUGCUCCACAUUGGAAUUUGAGCUCGAAUUUCAGCUUCUGGAAGCUCAGAGUGACAAGAAUCAGACAUCUCGGAUUUUUGACCUCAGUAUAAUAAUGGAAUCUGUUGAAAAUUCUGAAUUGAGCCCAUUGGUUUAUAGGGCAGAAGAGAAAGGGGACCUUUUCCAGUUUUUCAGAAGCCUUAACGUUUUUGCCGAGUUGUAUGUACAACGGGAGACUAUCCUCAAGCACUUCAAGGAAAAAUAUCCUGACAUUGUCAGCCUGCCUGAAGGAGCAUCAGCACGUUACAUGACUAUAACGAACCCCCGCCUCCCUGGAUUUGAACUUGUCAUCGUUUGGGUGAUACAGAUGACUGACGACGGAGUAGUCUGGCCCAAAUUGGAUCUACUGGUCAAAAUCUCAGAACAAGCUGUAGGACAUCUGGCUGAAACUGUGGAGUAACCAACUGUCAGAGCGGAACAAACCCAAGAACCAAAAAAACAAAGGGAAAUCUGGAUGUUGUUCUGGAAGGGAAAAAUCCAAAAGUGAAAGCCAUACAAAGUUGCCUGUGAAGACUGAAGUCUUCAUUUUCACCAGCACUACUGCAGCAGGUGGCACCCCGGCCAAGGAGGCAUCUCGUAGCUCCUAAGAAUGUCCUUCCGGACCGUCCAGUUCGGCUCAAAUACCGCCCCUUCCAUCCUCUCUUGCUCUUUCCCAUUCUCCUAAUCUCUGUUCUCCGUAUUUAAUUCUUGUGGAAAUUCUCGGUGGGCAGGGACCCCGUCUCUGGUGAAGGGCCCUGACUAAGCCCUC